UAUCCAAACCUCAGAGGACUACAUGUUCUAUGCCAUCUCGGCGGAGUACCCUGAGUUCAGCAACAAGGAGAAGACACUCGUGCUGCAGUUCACGGUGAAGCAUGAGCAAAAGCUUGUCUGCGGUGGUGGUUACAUCAAGUUGCUCGGAGAUGUUUUGCAUCAGCCUGUCAUUGCUAAGGAAGAAGCAGUACUUGAAGAAGCAGACUACAUGUUUUCUUGUUGUGAAGCACUAGAUAGUUCUAUUUAUUCUUUCAUGUUCUAGAGUAUUUCAGCAGCUGAAUGCUUGAAUACGUAAU